AUGGUUAACUUGUACCCACCAUUACUUCUUCCUUUCAUUAUUACCAAAUCGUUAAAUGGAAGAUGUUUCUCCUCAUCGAGCUUAUUAUUAAACUCCGCCACACUCAAACAGAACAAGAAGUCCUCCGAAGACUACCUAGCGGAUCCUAACAAGCUAAUCAUCAUCCCGAUAAGGAAAGAAAGAUCUUACAUAUAUUACAAACAUUCAGAGGAACUAUUAAAUAAAGAUUCAAAGAUAUUAAAAUUUGAAAAUUAUACUUUGACAAAAGGUGCUACAUUAUGGAGAAAAAUCAAAGAUUCACCCAAUAUAAUAAAUAGGAGGAUUGUCGAUUUUGUCGAUUUUUUUCUCAAUCAAAUAUCAUGGACCGAAACCUCCCUUAGAUCAAUACCAGGGGAGCGAUACAUUUUAAAAGGGCUUCGAAAGAUGGAUAAAAAAACUGGGAUGCAUAAUACUACAGCGGAAUAUGUCAAAGAUAUAACUUCUAAUGAUAAGAAGAGUCCAAUGCUUCCUAUUUCUGUAUAUUACCCCAACGAUCAAUUGACAUCAAAAGAGGUCGUAAGACAAGCCGAACGCUUAGCUAACGAAGGUUUACGCUACCAUUUCAAGUAUAUGUGGUAUUGCAUUAUUGGAAUUCCAUUGACAUUUCCAUUGAUUCUGAUACCCAUAAUUCCAAACGUCCCUGGAUUUUAUUUGACAUACAGAGCGUACUGUAAUUUGAAAGCGUAUUUAGGUGCCAAACAUUUGAAAGCUAUUAUUCAUGAUCAUAAUCAUGUACAGAGUUCAGCACGUCUAGAGUUUCAAUGUUUCCCAGCAUAUUCUAGGCUCUUUAAGAGAGGGAAUACUGAUAACAUGAGGCUCGAUACCGACUUAAAAGAUAAAAUCAUAAAUUUCUUGGAUAUUAAAGAAAUUGACCAGGAUUUAACGAAUGUCAUAAAACAAGAAAGCCGCAUUAGGGAAAAGGUUACUCACAAAUAA